AUGUCAUAUUCACCAACAACAUUUGCACCGAAUCACUUUUGGCGGGAGGGUUAUCAGCAGCAGCAGUCUCAGCCGCAGGUCCUUGCUACAUCCUUCCAUGGUUUUGGACAUCGCGCGGCGCCCCAUCAUCAUUGUGCCGUCUCAACAGAGGUCUGUUAUAGCCAGCCGAGAUACCUCCCACAGUACGAUCUCGCACGAUCGUCAACUUACCAUGAACACGAUCGCGAUGAAUCUUACAUUGCCUCGAGCGACAGUCAUGGUGCCAAAGGCAGGAGUCUUAGUGGUACAACCACUGACAUCACUGACUACGAGGAGGCGGUAGUGAGCAACAGUCCGCAAACAACCUACUUCCUCGACGAAGCAGGCGGUCAGUACGCUAUCACCGGUCGUGUGCCAGAUGAGGCUGAAGAAGAAAGCCCACAUGGAAGCCGCGACCGCUAUCUGCUGGAUUACGGACAGCUUGAGAAUGGGACUUACCACGUUGCACUUGCCCAACACGAUGGAGGCGUUGGUGUCUCAAGCAAUAGCCUAACCGCAAGAAUGAAACUACCCUGCCCGCACUCAGACUGCAUAGGAAGAGAUGGAAGACCGAAGAAGUUUUUUAGCCGCAAAGCGGAUGUCACGAGGCAUGUCAGAUCUCAACAUCAAAAGACCUUUAUCGAUUGUCCACGAUUGAGAUGUAACAGAAAGGGCACACGUGGUUUUACCAGAAAAGACCACCUUACCGAGCAUCUACGAGGGUUCCAUAUGGAGGAUCAUGCUAAACGACAGGCCAAGAAGAAUACCAGGAAGCGCAAGAUCAAGCUACAUUUUGAAGGGAAAACACCGCCAAAGCCCAGUCCGUCUUGUUCCACGCUGCCGGAGACUGUCCCGAAGGCUGGCAUCCAGGAUUCUGGUGAUGAAGACUGGCUCUCGCAUGGCCACGAGCCAGAGCUGGACACUCCAACACCGAAAGAAGAGGAAGAAACCUUUGCAGAGUUGAAUACUGUCUACCAUGGACAUGAAGCGGACACUCAUCGCAACAUAUCUACAAGCCCUGGUCAGCGUCAUGUCCCCAUGGACGAGCAUGGCCAACAGUGGGGUGACCAGCAGCAUGAAACCUAUCACGGAUUUCAGUGGCAGCGUUCCCAGGCCACUGGCUCACCAGAGAUAUCUACCACUCAGGCGCACACCAUGGUCAAUGCGGUACCACAAAUGUACACUCCUUACGAGAACCUGGACCAUUUCAUUCACAAUGCACCGGCGCGACAACUCUACCAUUCCUCUCACACAUUCCCAACCAGUCGGUAG